AUGGAGCUUAUGCAUUGUUUCGAGCCAGGGUGCAAGAAUGAGGUUGAAUACUCAUGCCCAUGCACCUCUCCUGAAAGUCUAUCUUGUGAAGUGCAUGUUGGUAAGCAUAUGAAGAUCCCUAACAGAGCUCAUGCUUGCAACUCCAUUAUUGUAGAGCCAUGUCAAGAGACAAAAGAAGAAAUUCUUAAGUUUCUUACAAGAGAAAACUCAAAAAAUAGCAAGCUAAUGGGAAAGAUCUUAGCAUCCUUUAGCCAGCGUUUACUUGAAUCAGAAAGUGAUAUUAGAGAACUCUUAAAAAAUUUGGAUUCAAGCUCAGCUGAAAUAAGCAAUUAUUUUACAAAAAUUUCUCAAGCUCAAAAAUUAUCAAAAUCAGAGCAAGACCCGAUUUUAGGACUAUUGACUUUACAGCCUGAUGAAGCUAUUGAGAAAUUAAAAAAGAUUAUUCCAGCCAAUCAAGAAUCGUCCAAAAGUGCAAAACUAUUUUGUGUGCUCAGUGAAAAAAUUGAAAAAAUGAUUGAGUGUUUUAUUGGGGAUAAAUUUGAAGCUUAUUUAGAUAAAAGACUGUCUAAUAUAGAAAACAGUCUUCAAGAGCACAUUAAAUCAGCCAAUGAAGAGCAUAAAAAGAUCAUUGAUUCAACGGAUGAUCAGCUAGCAAACAUCAAAGACUCUAUUUCUAAGCUGAUAUAAAUGAGAAUAAAAAAAACGAGAGAGAUCUCAAAGACUCUAUUUCUGAGCUGAUAAAUGAAAAUAAAAAAAACGAGAGAGACCUCAAAGACUCUAUUUCUAAGCUGACAAAUGAGAAUAAAAAAAGCGAGAGAGACCUCAAAGACUGGAAAGAAGAAUUAAUGCUUAAAACAAAAAACGAAAUAGAUCUGCUUAAUUCUCAAAUAAUUACAAUAAAUCAAGAUCUCAGCAAAAUUAAUUAA